UCCUCCACCUCUAUCGUCCAGUCCACAUUCACUAUUUAUUUAUUUUACUGUUGGAACUUUGAAGACAAUGCAUAAUGCAUAGUGCAGCCACCGGAAACUGCAGACCACGCCGUCAGAGGUUGACCAGCAGCCCCCAGAACCGAGCCAGUGCAUCAUUAGCAGCCGAUGAGCCCCAUUCCGACCGUGUGCCCAUUCCGAGUGUCCAUUGAUUUGUACGCCGAUCAGCAGCGGCGGUGGGGAAAAGAGCCGACCAAGCAGAACUGGAGGAGCAACCAUGACCGGCAGAGAGGCCCAGUCCUUCCACACCCGCUGCGGCCGCUCCAUCCGGCUGUACAACAACAACCGGAUGGCCCAGCGCUCCAUGCGGGACUUUAGCCAUGCCCUGGUGUUCAGUGCGGAGCCCCUGGAGGACGACGUGCUCUUCGAAGUCGUCAUCGAGAAGAAGAACACCUCCUGGGGCGGCAGCAUAGAGAUCGGAGUCACGGCCGAGUCGCCCGAUGACCUGGAACUGGUGGCCUGCGCCACGGCCAUGCGAAACGGCACUUGGGUCAUGUCCGGCAUCGAUGUGCGCAAGGAUGGACGCCGCCUGUUCGAGUUCUACGGCACCGACCUGGAGACUCUCAACGAGAACGACCGGGUGGGCGUCAUGCGCACCUCGGGCAACGAUCUGGUCUUCUAUGUGAACGGCGAGUCCCAGGGAGUGGCGGCAAAGAACAUGCCCAAGCCGCUGUGGGCCCUCGUCGAUCUCUACGGGCGUUGUGUUCAGGUGUCCCUGUGUCCACGCGAUGGCGGCGUCUCCGGCGAGCUCUUGGACUCACCGCUCCAGCAGCCCCUGCAACAGGUGGUCCAGAAUCUUGACGUGGCCAUGAACGUGAACAUCGUCGUGGAUUCCGACGCCUGGAUGCAAGGCACUGGGACGACCGCCUCAUGUGCCGACGACCGUCUGUGCUUCCACACGCGCUGCGGAUCACUCGUCAAGCUUUCGCCCAACUUUCGGUCCGCCGAACGACGACGACCGCUGGACGAGUUUAACAACGGCGUGGUGAUGACCCACCGGCCGUUGAGGGACAACGAGCUGUUCGAGAUUCGCAUCGACAAGCUGGUGGACAAAUGGUCGGGAUCCAUCGAAGUGGGCGUCACCACGCACAAUCCCACCGUGCUGCACUUUCCGGCCACCAUGACGAACAUGCGCUCGGGCACCAUUAUGAUGUCGGGCUGUGGAAUACUCACGAACGGCAAGGGGACGCGCCGCCAGUACGGCGAGUUCAAUCUGGACGAGCUGCGCGAGGGCGAUCGCGUUGGGAUGAUGCGCAAGGCCAACGGCAACCUGCACAACUACAUUAACGGGCAGGACCAGGGUGUGGCCGCCACCCGAGUGGCCUCCACGUUGUGGGGCGUCAUCGAUCUCUACGGCAUGACCAUCAAGGUCACAAUUGUUGACCGCGACGAGCGUGAGCAGCAGAAUCUCGUCACGCGUCGCAAUAACAUUGUGGCCGGAAUGAGUGCCUGCACAAGUGGAGCCGGUGGUCAGCAUACUCAGCACCAGCAGCACUCCGGCACACCCACCCUAAGCCUUCUCAGUCCGGAGAGCGAGAUGAACGUGGCUGGGGCUGCCGGCGGUCUGAGCGAGACCAUUUCCAGCACGCGUGCCAUAGCCAGGAACGAUGAUCGCCUGACCUUCCAUCACAUAUGUGGAACCCACGCCACCGUCACCCAGAGCGGACGCACAGCUCUGCGACCCAACGCUGCUGAUGAUUUCAACAAUGGUGUAGUCCUCACCAGACGGCCCCUUCGUCCCAACGAACUUUUCCAGGUGCGACUUGAACGUGUGGUGACCAAAUGGGCGGGAUCCGUUGAAAUGGGCGUGACCACUCACAGCGCCGACGAGCUGGACUUUCCCUUCACCAUGACCAAUGUGCGUUCCGGAACUUGGAUGAUGACAGGGAAUGGCGUCAUGCAGAACGGCGUGACAGUCAUCGAGCAGUACGGCCAAAAUCUGGAUCGCCUGCAGGUGGGCGAUAGGGUGGGCGUGGUGCGCAAGGACGACGGCACGGUGCACUUUUGGGUAAACGGAGUGGACCAGGGUCCAGCUGCCAGCAAUGUGCCGGAGCGCGUUUACGGUGUAAUCGAUUUGUACGGCCAGGCGGCACAGGCCAGCAUCGUGGACACUUCGGAGUGCGGUAGCCCGGACACAGGAAACUCCACCAUCUCGAAUACGACGCUGUACAGUGAGGUUCCUCUGCGAUUUCACAGCAUCCACGGCGCCAAUGCGGGCAUCUCAAAUAGCGGGUUGACUGCAUCGCGUCCCAAUUCCCUGGCCGAGUUUAAUGACGCCAUAGUGUUUAGCAAUCGACCGCUGAGGCAAAGGGAACUGUUCGAAGUGGAGCUGGAGACCAUGGUUCGCCACUGGUCGGGCAACAUAGAGAUCGGAGUGACGGGCACCCGGCCAGAGGACAUCCAGCUGGCACCCAAUGCCACCGAUUUAGAAGCCAGCGACACCAUCAUCCUAUGCGGCCCCAUGAUUUUUCACAACCGCAAAACCAUACGCACGAAUAUUCUCCUAGAUCUGGAUACGCUCGGUCCAAGCACCCGGGUGGGAGUGAUGCGCAAUGGUGACUUUAUACACUUCUUUGUCGAUGGCAUGGAUCAGGGACCGGCUUGCGAAUGCCAUGCGCCCAAUAUCUGGGCCAUUAUCGAUCUAUACGGGCAGUGCGCCCAGGUGAGUCUCACGCAAACCCAGCUGGACAUCCGGGCGCCGUACGCAACCAGCGAGAAUUCGCAGAGCUGUCAAGCCACUUCGGUAAUCCAGCAUCCGGCAAUGGAGACGAAACACCGCUGGACUUGUGUCUCGGGGAAUGUGAGCCUCACCAAGGACUGGACAGAGGCCUCGCGGUUCUCUGGGGCGGCGGCGCCGCUAUCCCAUUGCCUGGUAUUUUCCGAGCAUCCGCUCAGCGCAGGAUCGCCAUUCGAGAUCAAGCUGACAUCUAUUAAUCCCAUGUUUGCGGGCUGCCUCAGCAUUGGAGUCACGGAUCUGAAUCUCAGUGACGAGAGCGUGCGCAAGAAGCUGCCCACCAGCCUGCGGAGGAUUCCAGCGAAUGUUUGGUACGUGAGCGGUAACGAAGUGUGCUUAAACUCAAGCUGUCUCCAGCGUUCGCUGGCCUCGCUGGAGUGGCUAAGGGUGGACGAUAGGAUAACGCUGGAGCGGGUGGAGAACUCGUUGAACAUUCUGCUGAACUCGGAAAACGUAAACAUCCAGUUUCACAACGUGCCCAACGAUGUGUAUGUGGUGGCGGAACUUCGAGGUUCGACCAUGGGUAUCCAGGUGAUUUCCGCCCAGGGACCAGCAUCGCCUCUACGUCCGUGCAGUUUGCGACUGCAGGACUCCAUGGACUUUGGAGUGGACCCACUGAACAAGCAGGAUAGCUCAAUGCUGGAAUCAAUUGAUUCCGAGGCGCAGAACUACGAAUUUUUGGAUGUGUCACAGAAGAACGCGAGGCUCAGCGAGGAUCGCAGGAGUGUGACCAGGAUCAAGUCGUACAACCAGGCAAUUGUCUGCCUAAAUAAGCCUCUGUGCAAGGGGGAGAGCAUCAGCAUUAAGGUAGAUGCAUUGAACAACAAGUGGAAGGGCACUCUCAGCCUCGGCGUUUUGUCCGCCAGUCCACAGAUUGCGCCAAUUUCUUUAUUGGAUUUCAAGAGAAGCUGCUGGUUGGCGACCCAAGAUUAUGUGAACAUCAACGGCCAAGUGAUGGCCUCCAAAUACGGCGAGGCCCUCGAGCAGAUUCAAGUGGGAACGGUCAUCACCCUGACACUAACCCAUGCCGGAAUGCUAAUCAUAAUGGUUGGAUCAACAAAUCUGGAGGAUCUGGCCAGCGGUCUACCCAACCAUGUGUAUCCGGUUUUCGAUGUGUAUGGCAAGUGCGAAAAGAUAACCUUGAUUACGGGCAAUGAUGCCGGUCGCACUGGGAACGCGAACAGCACUCCAAUCCUGGAGGCGCCUGAGGCUCUUGAAUUGGACAAUGGAAUGCCCCAGCAGUGCGAAAAGGCGCACCUGGAGAUGCACGAGAAGGAGAAGGACACCGAACAGGUGUGCGAGUCUACUAGGGAUGGUCCAUCCACCUCCGGUGCUCCUUCGAACGCGAUGACUCGGUCGGUUAUGGAAAGCGUUUCAGAGAACUUGCUGCUAAACAUUUCUAUAAAGAAUCGAACGCUGGAGCAACAGCGAAACGAACUGGGUGGAUCCUCGUCAACUUGUUGCCUUCGCGAGUCUCUUCAGCUGCAGCACAACACCAACCUUAAUAUACAACGCAGUCAGAGCACCCAGAGAUUCCAGAACUCGUUAAACACUUCGGCAACGGCAGCGGGAAGUAGUGGACCCAGUGGGUCCACGGCCAAUAUUCAACACCUGAGUAACUCGGGUGUUUAUGACACGAAUAAGGAGUACGACGACCUGCCCAAUCCACCCAACCCGCUAGCUAAUUCCGUGGACGAAGGGCCUGGGCCAAUAGCAACGGUGGCCGCAACGAUCGAUCACAGCGAGAACAAUGCGGAGGCGUUGGAACUAAGCAACGCUAGCAACGAACGCGAAAUGUCUGGAGAACCAGCUGCCAAUGACAAUGUGCUGGAGGACGAUGAGAUAGACUACAUGAAUCACCUUUUACUGCUGCAGCAACUCCAGCAAAAUGAGUAUACGCGGCACCAUCUUAUGCCGGAUCAAGCGUCUCUACUGAAUCUCGACCUGCCCUCGCUUAACUCCAUGGAGUCCGACUCGAAUUCCAUCGGCCAGGCGAGACCGGGCGGCGGAACCGAUUCCCUGCGAUCCACAGCCACGGGUGCCAGUGUGGAGCAGAACGAUUGCGAGUACCUGCGCCAGGUGAGACGCUUCUGUGCCUCGCUAGUCCUGCCGCAGGCCUUUUUCGAUAGCCGUCUAGAGCCGGUGUGCUUCUGCCUGAAGUGCAGUGGGCCCAGCAAUGGCGGAAAUGGCGAUAAGUUGGAAGGAUGGGUAUAUUUCAAGCUCAACCAGCAGACGGUCAAUGUGCUGAGCACUUCGACAUCGACUGCAUCGACCGGUGGCGGUGGCGCACCCUCAUCGACCGCACCCCAAGUGCACUUCGAUCUCAAUGGCGACUGGCUGCCUUUUUACUACAUGACACGGGUGGACAAGAUUCGGGCCAUUUUGGAUCGCGGACAGCCGCUGCCGCUGGAAACGGAACCGGAUGAAGAGCCGGCCGCUGCUGCUCUGAAAGAUGAGCCAGGCACGCGGCUGGAACUGUACUACUCGCCCAAUGCCACAGUCAUCGAACCUGUGCUGCCGCAGCAUCACUUUGCCUCCGAGCAGGGACUGCACCGCAUCUCCACCUCCUUCGAGGUCUACGUUCGCCGACAGUCCAUCUCGGGAGUGACCACUGGCAAGGCGGCAGCCGAGGCCAAGCGGCGCAGCAUGGGAUCCGGUGAUCACGAUCAUGGUGGUUCCAGUCAGGGCGCCGAGGGUGCUGGUGGAUCUUCCUCCGCCACUCUCAACGAAUCGUCUGUGCACCUGCUUAACGAUCUCUGCUGGUUCACCAAAGAGGCUGGCGCCUGCAUAAUUAACGCAUUAAUAAUCAAACUGGAUAGGAUCGAGGAGCAGGAAUCUCAUUGAGCACUCAACACCACCCUCGCACUAGUCACGGCCAAUCUGGAUACAUAGUUCUUGCCCCAUACUUCCUGGCAUUACAUUUUAAUCACGCUCAGCAGCUACCCACACCAAAUCGCAUUCGCAUUCCUCUUUGUAAACGAGUUUGUAUUGUAUCGUAAGCGCCAAUAAAAUAAUCGCAAAGUUAA